UCAGCGCUGACGUGAGAGCGACGCGCGGCUCCGCCCGGCCCGAUCCCCCCCACCCCCUGUGACGGGGGCAGCACGUACAGGGCGGCGGAAGAAUAUGUCUUGAUAAGAUGUUCUCCUUGUCCUUUUAUCUGUGGACAAAAAGUGCUAAAAGGUUCACACCUCUUGAGACGGAUGACCAUGGAAAUGGUUGAAUCACAGCAGGAUGAUAACGCAGUGGAUUCUAUGCCAGAUAGAGACGUUGUUCACAAUCGCAGUCAGCCAGACAAACAUGAGAUUUCCUCAGCAUCUCAGGAAGCAUCGGUUGCAGAUGACUCUGCAGAAUCGGAAGGGAUAACUGAUACUCAGAAACGUAGGGAAAUACUUUCAAGAAGGCCUUCAUAUCGAAAAAUUUUGAAUGAACUCUCUUCAGAUACUCCUGCAAUCCCAAGGAUUGAAGAAGAAAAGUCAGAAGAAGAAGGACCUGGAAUUUCUCCACUGUCCAUGCCAAGCAGCCUGUAUCAUUCUAGCACAGGGCAAUUCAUUACUAUAACUCCAGGUGGUACAAUCCAGAUUUCUAAUCCCCCUUCUGAUGGUGCCCAGGGACUGCACACGUUAACAAUGACAAAUUCAGGAGCUCCUCAGCCAGGUGCUACCAUUGUGCAAUACGCAGCACACUCAUCUGAUGGUACACAACAGUUUUUUGUUCCUGGAAGCCAACUUGUUGUUCAAGCUGCCACUGGAGACAUGCCAUCCUACCAGCUUCGGACUCCCACUACUAACUUACCUCAGGGAGUGGUAAUGGCAGCCUCACCAGGGGCUCUGCAUAGUCCUCAGCAACUGGCAGAAGAGGCAACGCGCAAGAGAGAGCUGCGGCUUAUGAAAAAUAGUAUGCUUUGAAUGUGAUGGUCCAUUUCAAUUUAACAAAUGCCUCGAGGAUGUCUCAGAAGUUCCCUGAAAACAGGUGGCUGCCGAAGAAGGCAGAUGCUGUUCAUGGACCUAAUGAAAGAAAAGCUGCAAAGUAAGCUGUGUUGGAUAUAAGAAAAUCUAAUUGGAGUUUUCUUCCUUCUUAGAUUGCAGAGAACUAAUCCACUGAUUGCAGGUGAACUGUAAUGCUAUUAGUCUUAUUGCUGACAAUCAUUUCUAUUUUGGGGAGAUACUCAGAUUCUGUGGAAUACCACAUAUGUGUUCAAAAGUAAAACAUGUUUGUAAACAAAGCUUUUUUUUUUUUUAAUAAAGACAUUAACAACUUAGGUCUGCAAAGCAUCUGUGUCUAAAGGUCAUCUUUGGCAAACUAGAGUUGGCUUUGUAAAGAAGCAAGGAAAUUUACCCUGAUUAAAUACUUCCUGAUUGCUCUCCCGCAUUUAAACAGUUUGUGACAAUUGUAUAAACUUCAGCUAGGCAAGUAAUUAAGUAAAAUAAACUGACUUGGUAAUCGUAGAAUCUUUAAGGUUGGAAAAGAUCUAAGAUCACCUAGUACUGAUACACUUAGAAGAAAAAGUACCCAUUGUCCUUAUAGUGUUGCAUUGAAAUAGCUUUGAAUAGAGAAAGUUUGGUAGGGUGCCCUGUUAGAUGCCCAGUGCAGAUUUAGCUGAUCUUUUGGGUCAGAGCUGGAAACAGAGGCUAUUGGGUUUUUUCAGCUGUUUUAGGCUGACACCUUGUGGAGUAUGUGUGUCUGUACUUCAUUGCCAAAGAAUGAAGCUGUCAAAAAGCAUUACAGGAAUAGGAAGCUUCUUGUAUCCAGGUGUUUGUGGGGGGAGGAGGGAAGGUGAGUGAGGCUUACUACAGUAAAAAGUGUUCUGUGGUUGAGAACAACAACUCAAGAGAAUAAUUAGGUAGUCUUUUAGUAUGUAAAAAUUCUGUAUUGACAAAUUUUCAACUUCUAGAGUCUUUCUGACUGUUAGUCUCAUUAAAUGAAAGCUAAAAUGGUAAUUUGUUCUUGGUUACAUUCAGUCUAAUAAUCAUGGAAUGUUAUCUAAAUAUAUAAUCAGUGUUGCAAAUUCUGCUGUUGAAGCAGAGCAGCUUCUAGUUCUGAACUGGGAAAAUGAAAUAUAAUAAACAAGCACAUUUUGAAACAUAAUAGUAUGAGGGUAAAAAAGAGUAACUUCGUUUCCAUUUUAGUGCACGGUAGUCUGGGCAAAUGGAAAGAUAAUUCUGGGAACAGGAAAAGAGGAGGUAUUAAAAAAAGGAAUACAAAAAAUGGAAGAAGAUAAAGGCAGUGAUGAAGGAAGGCCGAAUAGAUUGCUCUUAACUGAUCCUAGUUGUUGACUUCUGCAUAACAGCCAUGAAUACAGACAAUUCCUAUGGUCACAUCAUCCCAUCUCCAUGAGGCUCUCUGUAUGCUCAGGUUAUACAGAACUGUGAAGUUUUCCCAGCGCUCCUUUGAGGCCUAAACAGAUUCUAAAUGAUUUUUUACUUUUUAGUUUUUUAAACCUUAUUAAAGAGAAUGAGCUACAUACAUGAGUUUUGAUCUCAAGCUGUGGAACAGCAAGUGCAUUUCUGUGUGGUGUGGUAAGAUAAUGUGCAUGAAACAAAAAGAUGACAUGGUUUCUGAAUGGUUGUUAUUAAGAGAUUCAUUUAAAUAAUCUAAUUGACAAAGCAGUUGUGAAUACCAUGUAAUUUCCAGUCAUAAAUGUAAGGUUAACUCACAAAAAAGUCGUCUGAAAGUUUUAGUUGAGAUCCUAGUUGAGGUUGAUAUCUACUGUCACUGUACUAAAAGACUGCAAAACCCAUGAAGUUGAGUUGCUGUCCCAGUUGUUUUCAGCGUAGCUCAUUUAGCCAGCAUUAGAUCUGGAUGUAUGUCUGUUCCCUGGAUUUAAAGUAUUUUGGAGGUUAAAAAAACCAUGCUCAAGCAAAUGCUGAGCAUCAUCUUUCACUGUUGAAGUAGAUCAGGCAGUUUCACACACAAAGCCAUUCUGUACAUGCUACCUUUCCUGAAGGAAAGAAACAAUUGCUCCAUUUCUUUGCCCAACAUUUUAGCUCUAGAAAUGCUUACACUUUCCUCUUGGUCUCCUGCAUCUACCAUUAGUGUCCUAAGGAUUGGAAAUGGAUUUUCACUCAUAACACAGCUGUGCUCUUCGCUCCUACUAACAGCAGAGGUCUCACUGUCCUAAUCCAGAACAAGGGAGGGGAGAAGGGUAAGGACUAUUACAGCUACGCACAGCGGUGUCUGCAGGUGUCAGGUCACAGCUGUGUUACACUUCUACCACUUCCCCUUAAUAAAUCUUUGACAAUGGAACCUCUGCUUUCUACUUGAUAUUUGCCUAAAGCCAAUUACAAGGAAGCUUUUAAAAGUUGCUCUCAUUGCUGGAGGCAUCUCUUCCUAUCGGUUCCUUUUAGUUUCUUUUUUAAAGAUUACUAUGAUGGCUGUUGUAGUAGAAUUUAAUGACCCAGAUGGCUCUAGAUGCUAACGUGUAAGUUCGAAUUUCCUGAGUAAGGUGGUCUGCUUCUGCCUUUGGCAGUGAGGUUUGUCAUGCUUCAUCUUACGUGCUUGAUGAAUGGGAGGUCGCAGAGAGCUUUUUCAAGUGUCCAGAUGUAAAGUAAAGACAUAAGCUGAAAUUGGAGGGUAUAGGAGAAACUUCCUCUCAGCAAAACGGGCAUCUUCAUAAUACAAACACUGAGGCCAUGCUCUGUAGUUUCACAGAAGACAUUUAUUGAUGCCAGAGCAUUUCUUUAUCCACCCCUCCAGCCCCUGUAAAGGUUUUCUAAAUAGUAAGUUCAAGCCUUGUAGGCAGUCUGUAAUGAGUCUGAAAGAACUGAUUUGCAGCAGACUAUGUAAAAAUUUGCAUUCAAAUGCUUACCGCUGCUGAAAUUUUAAGAAACUAAAACUAGGGCUCAUGUGCGUUUAUUGUGAGCUGUAUGAAGACUUGAUAUAUUUAGGACAGAGGAAGAAAUCAUUGGAAGUGGCAACAUAAACUUAAGUUUUGGUUAGGAUGUUGGUUUCAUUUUACUUACCUGAAUUACCCUAAGAAAAAAUCUUAGUAUACAAAAUAAAUCAUUACAAAUCAGUCAAACAUUAUGUAAUUGAAUGAGAGAAAUUAUGUAUAUAUGGAGUAAAAUAUGAGUCAGUUAGAGACCUUACAGGCCAGCACAAUGGUUACAAGCCACUUUUAAAAUGUUUCUUAUGUAGGAUGUUGGACAGAUGCCCAGCAAAAGUGAAACAGUGGAAUUUCUGAUAUCAAAGUAACUUAUUAAAGUAUAGAGAAAUGUAAAAACAGCAGCAUGGUUUUCCAUUACAGGCUUGAUCAGGAAACUAAACUAUCAAAUGAGUGAAAUCUACAAGCACAAUGGCUCUGAGUCUUCACCAGUAUAAUGUAAAAUAAAAUACAUGCUAAAAUACAGGUAACAUAGCUAAUAUAUCAGGUGAUACUUGCUAUUAUCAAAAUAUACUCAUCCAAAAUUGAGGUAGUCCAAUUAUCAAUCUGUUUCAGUGAAGUAACAGGGAGAUUUUCUGAAGUGCAGUCCAUAACUUUCGGAGUCUGGAAUUCUCAUGUGAAGUGCAGUUCCUUGCACUGAAUGUACAAACUGAGAGGAGAGAAGAGGACUAACUUCCCAAUAACUAAAGUUAGUGGGGGUGCAUCCUACCCCAACGUUUGGUGUGUAACAGAAUUUAUUGUUACCUGUGAAAAGAUCUCCCUGUAAAAACAAACAAACAAAAAACCCCUUACAAAACCAACAAAAACCAAGAUUCUUCAAGAUUUUUUUGUUAGGGAGGGAGGUUUAAAAGUAACGUUGCACAGUGUACAAAUUGUAUAUGGCAAUAAAGUUCCUCAGUUUCUCAUUUAACCCAAAUAGUUUUAUAGUUUAUUUGGAUUCAGAUGACAAUGUCAAAAGUUGUGUUAUUCACAUGAAUUACAUGAAUUAAUAAUCAGUACAGAUCUGAAAGCGUUUGAAGCUAUUUUUGUCCUUGUUUGCAGCACCACUUGCCACUGCUGCUGGCAGCCUUUGGACAUGUGAUUACUUCUCUGUGCAGACAGAAGCCUCUUUAUUAUCCUUUAAAUCUUUAAAUGUUUGUGUUCUAUUUUUCCAGUAACGCUCAAAAAAUUCUUUGCUUACUGUUAAGUUAUGGAUGCUGCUUCUGCAGUUUUCUAUGACCUAUGCAGUCCGGGCUGGAGUCCAGAGAUUGCCUUGUUCUCUUGCAGUUUCUAUGUGUUUUCCUUUGCACCUUCCCAUGCUGCUCACGUAUGUGUUCUAGCAGAUUGGAAUUGAAUUGAUUUGCAGUAUUAGGAAUGAUAGCAAAGUCUUUUAAUGGGUGAUGGCCAGGAUAUAUGGAUGCAGAAAUACAAAUCAGUUUGUUCAAAUAGACCGGUAUGAAAUUCUCCAUGAAAAUAAGUUAGAUGUUGGUAAAAUAAAUUAAAUGAAAUACAUAAUAGGAUUACAAAAUAUUUGCAUUAAAUAUAGGACUCCAAGCUACUUAGUGAGAUUGCAGUGGAAAUGGUGAUGAUGAUAGUUUAAGAAAGUGAGCUCCUUCAUUGCCCAAGAGAAAGAGGUACGUACAGUCCUCUCUGAAAACCCCACCAACAAAAUCUGUCUGUACAUGCAAACCAUCUGCAACUCUAAACUUUCUUUGGCGAUGAUUUUAUCUGUUUUAUAGAAGAAAUUUGUUAGUGACAAAGACAGCUGCCUCCUGCUGUGUCUGGCUUAAAAUCACAUUUGGUUUGUAAUGGACUAAUGCUUUGUCUCUCCUAUAAAGAAAAAAAAAAUGCUCCGAAGCAAGCAUACAGUGCCAUGAAAGCUUUUCACUUACAGUCUGAGAGGAUGCAACCCCAGAAUGGAUGUAACAACAUUAGACUUCCCUGUGGUACCUUCUGUUGGCUUCUUCUGACCUGAAGACACCAAGUGGGUCUGGUUUACGGCUUUUCCUAUCUCUUAAAAUGUGCUGAAUAAGAUGAACGCAAUGUCCUUUUCUUGGAGACUGACUUCAUAAACAACAAUUAACUUGCAGGAAGUGCGUUAUGGCAUCAUAUGUUAAUGAUGUUAUCUGUAAAUGGACAAUACAUGGAUAAGACAGUCUAAAUAGGGCAAGGCAGAAUCUUAAAUCUAUGAGCCUUCAAACUAGUUCCUCUAGUAUCCAUCCAAUUUCAUCAAGUUAUUGGAUGACUCACCUCUAAAUCGUACAUCAGAGCUGAAUUCCUGAUGCCUUUUUUCGCUUGAAUUUCCUGUGCUACGUUUGGGGAUGAUUACCUUUCAAAGCAAAUUGUGUAAAUCACGCUGGAGUUCUGCUGAGCUCAAUGCUGAGUGAACAACGCACAUCUUUACAUGCAGGAGCUUCAGCUGGGAGCAGUGUUCUAUUGUUGGUUGGUCUUACAUCUUUUAUAGGGCUAUCAUGAAAAACAGGAAUCCAAGUUGUGCAGUACUUUUCUGUUUCAGGCCUCUCCAAGGUUGAGAGAGAGACGGGGUCUGUGUUUGUUCAGACCAAGUGUUUGAGUGUGUUUGUUCCACAGUCAGGUUAGGUUUUGUGCCAUCAGAAUCUGGUCACGUCAUUCUUAGGCUGUCCUUGAAAAAUAAAAAAUAGGAAAAAAAAAGAAGCAAAAUGGAGAAAUAUUCUUAAGAAAUAGAGACAUGUUAAGACUGAGCAGUAAUUGAUAAAGAUCAGGGGGUGGAUAGCCCUGCUUAAUUCUGCUCAGGUUAGGUCUGGCCAAAGCUGUAGGGUUGUUGGGGUUCUCCAUAGUGACUGACUUAGUGAUUCAGUUUUUAGUGAUGUGGUGUUCUAUAGGGCCCCUAGUACAUUUACUGCUUAAGCCUGUAUGAAAGUAGGAGGCUUGCAGUGUGACACUUGGUGCUUAUGGAUGCUGGUUCUGCAGUUCUUUUAUUUUUAUGACUUUUUUUUUUUUUUUGACAUCUUUCUGUCAAUGGGCGUGCAUGUGAUCAGCAGUAUGGGUCAAACUGGAAGAGUCUGUGAGCUGUGACACUCCAGAUAAAUAAUAGAAAAUGUUAGCAUUUUCCAACAAAGUAAUGUAUAAAAGUUCCAACCCUAAACCAAACCACUAGGCCAACAUGUAUCUCAUUAGAAAUAGUAGCCACCACAAUUACGCAUGCCUUGUCUAUGAGUCCCAUACAAGUUACAAAUUCUUAACAUGUCUCAGUGUGAAUAAUAGGGAAAAUUAUGAAACAGAGAAAAUACUGUGUUAUUGUUACAGAUAUGCCAAUAUGUUUAAACAGAGAGAUGAAUCUUAGUGACAUUACUAUGGACAAAGAUAAUGAACGUUGAGGUUAUGGACUCGAGUUGAAUAAUUGUAUAAGCAAACGUGUAUCAUUCAAACACAUACAGUUCCAACACUGCAUUUAAACAGCUUUCAAGUUAUAAGGGGCAUCCGUGAACAUAUGAACUGCCAAAUCGUUCCAAAGAGUUUUGCUUUGUAAUUUUGUACCAAAUUCUGCAAUUCAUGUAACUCACCCAUUGCAGAAACAAAAGAAGCCUUUUUAAUUGUGCUUUUUAAAUUUAAUGAAUAGAUCUUGCUAUCUUAGAAGUUCUGUAAUGAAAUGUGCAUGUGCUUCUAUAUGGAUAUUCUGUCCUGUGUUAUACAGAUUGCUUGUCUGUUUUUAAGAACAGUUUUGAGGAGGUCUGUCUUCUACAUUUUGAGACAAGCAUACUGUAAAAAGUAUAAUUUUUAGUCAUAUUUUAUAAUAUGCUUUCACGUGCCUCAUUAGUACUUAAAAAAUUGUCCAAGUAUGUGUCAGUUCAAUGUUCAUGGAAUGUAAAAUUCUAAUAUUUCUAAAUCCCUUUCAGUUAAGUGGCUUUACAGUAGAGGAACAAACUCAUCACCAAAUCAGUUGUUUUUUUUUAGAACAGUGACACAUCCUAAACUACACUGCAGUGAUCUUGGCCAGAGAAAAUACCUGUUCUAAUGUAUGCAUUUAGUGUCCUGUGGCACAGCUUCAGUGAUAUUUGAUAAAGAAUAGAGCUCUUCUAGGAGAAGGCAUUUGGAAAAAUAUUAGCUGAGCAGCUCCAGAAAAGGGUAGCAUUAACUUGCAAGGAAAGGCAAAAAGAUAGAACUUUAUUCGAGAUAAAGCUGUCUUCAUUAAUUACAUUCUCAUAAAUGGGAAGUAUAAUUCAAGCUGACCAGAUUGUUGCCAAUAUUAGUCAGCAAUUUCCUGUAGAUAUCGCUGCGCUGAGUUUCCUGUUUAACCGUGGAUUUCUAGGUGCUGUGGAAGAUGAUAAACUCUUCUCGACUGCAGGGUGGUGAAAAUACAUAUUCACUUCUAAAGAGUUUGAAAAGUGUUACUGCACUUGUAUUAAAAAUUAACUGUGAAGGAGUCAUUUCAAUAUUUCACUGUUUAGGACAAUUGAACAAUAGUAUUACUGUGUUUUUGUAACUUCUUGGUUUUAUUUCACUUUUUUAGGAUAGUCUAUUCUUCAUUUUACCAUAUGGUCCUGUUCAUUAUCAGCUUUACUUUUUGUCACUUUUCACUCUGUGAAACGGAUUCACAGACAUCCAGUGGGAAGUGUUUGUAGGUCAGUGAUUAAUUUUCCCAAGCCCGUAUUGCAGGCUCUGGUGAUUUAUACUGACUCUAUUUAUAGAGAAAAUACGACUUUUUUUUAACCUAUGAACUUACAUUCUCACAUUGGCAUUUCUGCAAUCAAUUGAUGCAUCUUCUCGUUGAGUGAUGAUGACAGCAGAGUUAAUAGGCAGAAUGUGCUACAACAUACAGGAGUCUGUUUCAUGAUUAAUGUUGGGUACAGGCACUGUCUGCAUCAAGCAAUAUCAGUGUGCACAUCAGGAAUAACACAGUAGGGUAUAGUAUCUAUGAGGACAGUAAUCUAAUCAUUUUAUUUAUUUGUUUUCCUUUUCUGUAAUAUAUGAACAUCUUGCUAUUUCCAAGUUUUAGACUUACAAAUACCCUUUGAAACAGAUGUUACUGCUGUUUUACUGAAAGAGAUCUAAGAAAUGAUGAAGGUAUUUUUGAAAGUCCUGCACACAGUCUACAGUGGAGCAGAAAAGUGAAUUCGGAUUCCCUGAAUGUGUGCAAAUCAGUGGGUUGUUACUCUCAAAAAUAAAGCAAAGAGUGCUGCUAUCUCCGUGAUUACGUAAAGUUUAGUACAUGAAAAAGCAGAAGGAUUUAUGGCAGAAUACAUUUUAAGCUUUCCCUUCAGAUCACUUAUGAUGUAUCUCACCAAUACCUUGCUAAUAGCAGCAGAAACAAAACCAAAGCAAGCUUUGCCUGGCUCAAGGAGGCAGCCGUCUCUUCCUUUUUCAUCUGUGGAAAUGGAAACUGAUUCUAAAAGACAUGCUGUCUUUUCCUGUGUUUGAGGAAAAUUCUUGAAUUUCCAUGCAGGAGCCUCACUUUUAAUUCCACUGGUAUUUGGUACCUUUUCAGUGAGGAGGAAAGCACUUUGAAAAUCAUAAUAGAAGUCAUUUUCUUAGUAGUUCUGUAGACCAGCCUUUCUACUCAAAAGGACACUGAUAUCAAUGUUCAUUGAGAGUGCACAGAAUUCAUCGUUCAAAUAGAAAAUAAAAUAAAAAUCUUGCUCCAUUUAGUUGAGCAGUUUUUAAUUUUACGUUAUUUUUCAAAGGAAAGGGUACUGUCUAAUCCAUGCAGGGUUUGAGAAAGUUGAACAAAAUAUGAAGUACACACUCUAAGUGAUGCAUCUGUUGUUCUUUUGUUAAAUGCAUUAAUUUAUGGUUCUCUUCUCCAUGCUUCUAUUUUCUGUAUUUUCCAGGCAUAUGCAUAGGGGAUUUUUCUUGAGGAGGAUGAUCUUAAGCACCCAUAUAAUUCUUAAUGUAUUCCUACAGCUAUCCACAAUUCGUGGAUACACAGUAACCUGCUAAAAAUCAACAGAGGCUUAUGCCCAGACAAUUCGUUGAAAACCUGGACAUUUCAGGAGCUUUAAUUUUCAUACAGAGAAUUUUUUACCUUUUUUGUUUCACCUCUUGAUUUUAAAAUUAAAUGGGGAAGGCCUAUUUUCAACUGAAGAUAGAUACAUAGGUAAUACUUUUGAGAAUGUUUCACAUGGGCAAUUCUUGAGAUCAGUCUCUGUAGUUCACAAUAUUCAGCUUGGCUCACUGUCUCUGAAAUCUUUAACUUAUGUUUAUAUAAUUUCUUCAAACACAGCUCUCUGUUCCUUGCGUUAAAAAGGUUGAUCUUCUAGAGAGCUGUAGGCUAAAGCUUCCCUGAUGUUUUCCUUCAUAGAAAGUGCUCAUCCCAACCAUAUGUAUGUGCUGACACAUGCUUUUCCAGUGAGCUGUACUUCUGAACACUUAAAUCCCUUGUAUAUUAACAUGUAAUAGCUCAUUACUGCACAGAUAUUUUUAAGUGCAAACUGCCGAGACUGAAAUGCAAAACUGCUUGCAGUGAGAAGCAGAUGAAAGUUUGUCGUUUUUUCUUCUUCUUUUUCUUCUUUUUUUUUAAUAUAUAUUUAAUAUCAACUUGAGAGAAAACAGUUCUGUCUGAAUAUGCUCACCCAAAUUUCUGGUCCAGGUUCAGAUUUUUCUCUUUGCAGAAACGAGGAGCAACUUCACUGAAAUGAAAGGAGUUAAAUUGCCUAGACCUGUAUGAAAUCAGAAAACAUUAACAGAUACCUCUUUAUAGAAUAGAAUUGGAUCUUUCACAAGCAGAGUGAAACACAGUAGCCUCUUAUUCAUACUUGGAAUAGACUCUCCAGCUGGCAAAGUGCUUUGUGGCAACACUACCCAUUUUUACACAUUAUUUUGUUUUGUUUUGUUAGGCUUUUCUAUACAAGAGGUUUUAUUGUUCAGGAGGGAGCAUUCCCACCCUUCCUAGUAGUCAUCAAGCCAUACUAUUGGGUAAUUAUUGCUCUGCACAUGCCAGGAUCUCAGACCAAGGGAUGGCAGCCAAUCCUGAUAUGGGAAGACACACACUGGCACAAAAAAAACUAGCCUCGGAGACAAUGAAGAGAGAAAAACAGAGAGAGACUGUAUGGGAUUGUGCUCUGUCUGCUGUGACAGUGGUAUCAGAGGCAAUGUUGUUUUUCCCCAGUAGUUUUCCAAUAUAGUUACUCCAUUCACUAAUGAAUUAAGAGUAUGUGAAAUUGUGCCAAAGCUAAUCCAGUCAAAUUCCACCCAGAUGGUUAAAUCCAAUUGCCUGUGCCUUCCCCCACAGUGCAAAAGCUUCCCUGGUACAGUUUGCUUGCUUACUGCUUCUUCAUUUGCUAAACAGCAGCUCUGUGCUGUAUCGUAGAUGUUCCCUCAUGCAUAAUGUGUGGGUUUCUGGCUGCUUCCAUGUUCAGAUCUUGUUCUAUCCCUGAAGAAAUAACAAAAAUUACAAAUGGUUAGGUAUGUGUAAAAAUUUCAGUAUGUCUUUAAAAUGCUUCAACCAAAACAAUGAUCAACCUUUCCCUAACUGGGGGAAACUGCUCAUUUCUGUGGUAAUUCCAAGCCAGUGAGAGAAUUGGCAACAACAUACACCUAUCUGGGCUAUGUACAUUUAGGGAAGUUUUCUGACACCUGCUCUUGGGUGUAUCACCUUCAUCUCUGAAUCACCUACUUCGUUUUGUGAAGUAAAUGAAAACAGAUGGGAUCCUCUAUUGUUCAUGUACUUCAGGUCAGGACACUGACUUUAUACUCUGAAUUCCUGCUUAGAAUAGUAGCUUCUCAGUGGCUGGCAGGAGAUUAGCAUCCUAAUUUAUGCACAGGAGUUAAAAGCACGAGGCAGGUAGCCUGAAUUCUUUCCCUUGUAUUCAAAAGAAAUAAUGAUUUACUCAUUACAUGUUUCCCUCUGAUUCAAAAACACUGCUUACUUUCUAAGAAACAGAAGCGCUAUUCACCAAAGAGCUCACUUCAGUUGAUAUGCAAUGUGAAUAUUUUAAGUUGGGUCACACUAAGCAGUAGCUCCAUAUAUUACAUUAAUCUUGCUAAGUCUUGGUGUCUUUGCUGUGAGCAGUCACUGCAGGAUCAUUUUGCCACGUACCACUGAAACGUCCGGCUGCCUCUGUUGACAGCAUAAUGGUUGGAGUAGGCACUGGAAGGACUUCAGUUAGCUUGUGAGAUGGCUGAAAGGAUGUUUUUUGGCAAGCACUGGAUUACUCCAAGAAAGAGAAGACUGCCUUAAUCCUCGAAGAAUCAACAGCUAAGCAAAGGGGAAACGUACCACGGGAUCAGUCCUUGCACUCCAUAAGGGUGAACAUCUGAGUGAAGACUGAGACAUGAUACGGCAAUGUAUUCUCCUGAGGAACACAGUAAAAGAUUCUGCCAUCUUGGUUGGGUCGGAAUCAAAAUAGUUUUGCUGCCACUGGAUUUGGAAUUACAAUAAUGAACAUAAGUAAUAAUAAAUAAUAUUAUCAGAGUUGAUAACUAAUAUCCCUCGGCUGUUCAUCACUGCCAUUCUAGUUGAUUUGGAUGUUAGUAUUACAGGCAAAAUAAAUGUAGGUAUUACAAUUAACAGAGUAUAGGUCAUGAUUGAGUUGACCAGCCAGAUCACUGUUCAUGUUGUACACAGACGUUUAUUUAAAGUUUUUGCUUAAAAUCCCAUACAAUGAUUAACUCUGUGGUAAAUUCGGCAAAACAGCAUUUUAGACUUAGUCUUAAGUAUUAGUAGGACUCCUACUAAACAUUAGGUGGCAGUGUGGGGAAGGUAUUGCAUGACAAAUUUCUGUGUGCGUAUGAAAGAUAACCAGAGUCAAAGCUCCAGAUAUCACCAAUUGUUUAUUUUAAUGGAUUUUUUUAAACCUGUGCUUCCAGUAUCAUUAGGUUUGCAAGCAGAAAGUAGUUUGGUGAUAAAUAACAUUUAUCAUUUCUUUGUAUCCCAAAUAGAUAGAAACUGCAUCUAAGCAAAACAGUAAUCUGCAUCUGCUGGUUUGAAUAAUGUACAGUUUUUGAUGAUGUACCAAGAAGAUUUCAAGAGCAACGUUUAAUGAGUCACAUCAUUAACAUUUAAUUUAUAAAAGUACAUUGUCUUCUGCAUAGUGAAGAUGCUACAGAUUUAAAAAUGUCUUUAUGCAGGAGCUAACCCGUUGUAAACACAGGUACCUCAGUGAUGAGGUAGCUCAGUCUUGGCCUGAGUUUUACAUGCUUUAUAGUAUUCCUCAGAUGCUGCAUAAAGCUCCUCAGGAGGAAAAAUUCAGACAAAUGCAUAAUCUUAAACUUCAGAAUGGUCUCUAGGCAAAUAAAAACAAACAGUGUUUAGAGGCACAUUACAUCUAAGCAAGUCAGUAAUGUACAGCAAACAGUUCUUGCUUUACUGUACCAACAUUUAUCAACUAAUAAUUCACAUUAUAUACUGGAUAUAGCUCUAAUAAAGAAGUCAAAAACCAAA